GAGAACAGAGAGUAAAUUAAUGAGGGGAAAAAAGGAAGGAGGAAUACAGACGGUUCAUCUGAGGAUUGUGCUGCCAUGUUCAGAUUAAGUCUCUUUCUUCUUCUGCUGCCCUGCUCCUCAUAUUCCACGCUGUUGGGAUGGGUGGAGUCUCCUGGGUAUCCCAAGGGGUAUUUGCCUCACACCAGUUUAAACUGGACCAGGUGCGCGCCCAAAGGUCAAACCGUCUCCAUCAGACUGAUCCACCUGGACCUGGAGAACAGCCAAGACUGUGAAAAUGAUGCUGUGAAGAUCUCAUCAAAUGGGAACCUGAUAGCUCUUCUGUGUGGGGAAAGAGACUAUGAGGAGCUUCAUGAGACGGUGAAUCCACUGCUGUUCUCCUCCCCUGGCGGCUGCCUCACUCUUCUGUUUCACUCCGAUUACUCCAACACCAAGAGACACACUGGCUUCAGAGGGUUUUAUACGCUUCAGGACUUUAAUGAGUGUGAGGAUGAGGAAAUCAACAAAUGCACUCAUUUUUGCCAUAACUUCAUCGGAGGCUACCGCUGCUCCUGUCGUCAUGGUUACCACCUGGACGAGGACAAACACACUUGUGCGGGGGACUGUGGUGAGAACCUGUCAGGGCUGAAAAGAGGCCAGAUAUCCAGUCCUUUCUGGCCUGGAGAGUAUGCAGAAAAUGCCAACUGUAAAUACACCCUGUCUGUGGAGGACCACCUUCAGCUGGAGCUGCACUUCUCCGAGGGUUUUGAUGUGGAGCAAAGCCCUGAGGGAGACUGCAUGGAUGAGCUGAGGAUUGAGACUCACUCUGAGACUUUGGGUCCAUUCUGUGGUAACAAACCCCCACCUCCUCCUCUUCUCACUCACUCGAGUCACGUCCAAAUCCAUUUUAUCUCUGACGGGUCUGGGACUAACAAGGGCUUCAAUCUCCACUUCAGAACAAGAGAUAAGGUCUGUCGACCUCUGACCUCAAACUCAAACAUGACUCUUCUGAAACAAGAAUAUCAUCGGGGAGAAUCAGCGACCGUAACUUGUGAUCUUGGCUAUGUUGUGGAUUCAGCCCCUGGCAAUCUAUCGAGACAGUAUAGCACAACCUGCCAGAGUAACGGUGUAUGGGCUCCCCUGUACGCCUGUGAAAUUGUGGAUUGUGGUCGGCCGAAUCUUGGACAUGACAGCAUCCUUCAGCUGGUGAAUCCAGAGGAUCAAAACACAAAGUAUGGCAGCCAGAUCCAGUUUUACUGCACUUCAAACUUCUACACGCUGGAAGGACAUGAUACAAGCACUUGUAAGGCCGAUGGCGAGUGGACCUUGAUGCCAAAAUGCAAUGAAGUGUGUGGAAUGCCAGAAACGUCAAGCACAGGCAGAAUUUUGGGAGGAAAGGCGGCAAUGCUGGGAGAAAUACCAUGGCAGCUUCUCAUAACAGAGCCAAAUUUCGGAGCAGCAUCGCUGAUAAGCGAUCAGUGGGCCGUCACAGCAGCACACGUUGUGAACGGCGUCGCAAAAGAAUCAAUUAAACUCUACGGUGGACUGAUAGAUACAACAAGAACUGAUGUAUCUCCCAUUCCAGUUGAAAAAGUCAUAGUGCAUUCCAGCUACCGAGAAGCCUUAAUUCAAACAAAUUAUAAUAAUGAUAUAGCUCUGAUAAAAUUCAGGUCCAAAGUGAAGCUUGGCCCAAACCUCCUGCCUAUUUGCUUGCCAGAAGUAAACAGAGGUGUGAUGGAGGGAGAACAAGGCACAGCGUCUGGCUGGGGGGCUUCAUUUCAAGAUAAUAAGUGGCAUCGUACAACAGAUAUCUUACAACACGUUGAUAUUCCCGUUAUGUCCCUCACUGAGUGUAGGAACACACCUCGCCUUUCUAACAAAGCCAUGACUUUUACUAACAACAUGUUCUGCGCUGGAGGAAAAGGGACAGACAGUUGCAGGGGAGACAGUGGCGGUCCUUUUGUUUCACCCAUGUUGUCUUCAGGCGUCGGCCCCCACUAUCUGAUUGGCAUUGUGUCGUGGGGCUCUCCCUGUGGGAGAUAUGGUGCAACAGGUGACAAGAAGGGUUAUUACACCAAGGUGGAGAAUUAUGUCAGCUGGAUUAAUGAGAUCAAGAAAAAUGAAACAAAGAGUUGCGUCGGCCCCCACUAUCUGAUUGGCAUUGUGUCAUGGGGCUCUCCCUGUGGGAAGGGUGGUGCAACAGGUGACAAGAAGGGUUAUUACACCAAGGUGGAGAAUUAUGUCAGCUGGAUUAAUGAGAUCAAGAAAAAUGAAACAAAGAGUAAGGUCCAUUCCUCCCAGUGUCCUCAGCUCUAUCCCGUCAACCUGGAGAAGCAGUUUCUGCAUGUGUUGGUGUGUGAGUGUGUCCCACUGCCAGACUCAGACCCUCCGAUGUACGGGGAGAUCCAUUCCCCCCAGUAUCCUCUGCCUUAUCCCCCCAACCUGCAGAAGCAGUGGGACAUCAGCGUGCCGGAGGGCUUCCAGAUCGUCCUGACCUUCACACAUCUGGACAUUGAGGCCUCUGAAGGCUGCUACUACGAUUCCAUCACAGUCCUAUAUGAUGAAAAGGUGCUUGGAAAGUUUUGUGGCAAUGAGAACUCUGCAGAUGGACAUCACCCCGGCUACCAGCCCAUUUUGUCUCCAGGCAGCAGACUCACCCUGAUAUUCCAGUCUGAUGACUACAACCCGGACCGGAACCAGAAUGUGGGAUUUUCUGCUCAGUACCAAGCAAAAGACCUAGAUGAAUGCUCUGCACCAGAACCUGAGGACGGAUCAGGUCCACUCUGCUCUCAGAUCUGCCUCAACACACUUGGGUCAUAUCUCUGUGCUUGUCACCAUGGCUAUGAGCUACGCUCAGACCAACGCACCUGCAUGUUGUCCUGUGGCGGCGGUGUAUUCGAUGAGCUAGAAGGACACUUGAUGAGUCCAGGUUAUCCGAACCCCUCGCCAGAUGCUUUGUCCUGUCAGUAUAUCAUUUCUGUGGAGUCCGGCUUCACUGUCUCACUUAACUUCUCUGACAAAUUUCACAUUGAGAGUGUGGACACAGAGGAAGGCCCAAAAUGUCUCCAUCACUGGUUGGAGGUGAUCACCCCAGACAGAAAUCCCAAGAAGCUGUGUGGGGGAACAAGCCCAGGAUUAAUAAACACAAACUCAAACAUUGUCAAGCUGGACUACAAUAUUGAUAAUCAGGGACAAAGCAAUGGAUGGAGCUUGGACUACAGCACACAGAGAGUGACAUGUCCAGCUCCUGGUGAAGUCGCCAGAGGAAAGGUCACCCCUUCCUUAACCGAGUACUUCUACAGAGAUUAUAUUUCUGUGCGCUGUGAUGAAGGAUACAAACUAAUGAUGAAUGGUGUGGAGAUAAAGAGUUUCUCUACCAUGUGCCAAAGCAACGGAGAGUGGCAUCUCCCACUGCCUGAAUGCCACAUAAUUGAUUGUGGAGAACCUGAACCCCUGCUGAAUGGGGGAGUUAACUUCCUGUCUGGCUUCCAGAACCAAUAUCUUUCUGUUGUUCAGUAUCACUGCAAUGAACCAUUUUAUACACCAUAUGGUGGCAAUAAUGUUUCUCUCACCUGCGAAGCGGAUAGACAGUGGAGAUCCAACCAUGAUGUCAUUUUAAGACCAGCAUGCCUACCAGUUUGUGGUCGACCGACAAAACAAAUUGAAAAUCACUUUCAGAGGAUUAUUGGAGGAAAUGAUGCUGCAAAUCAUACCAUCCCAUGGCAAGCUUUAAUAAAUGUAGGUAGCAACAGGGGAGGAGGUAUGAUCAUAGCAGAUCACUGGAUUUUGACUGCAGCUCACGUGGUUGUAACUAAAGAACAAGUAGCACCUCCUGAGGCUAUAUCUAUUUACCUUGGAAUUACAGAUGUUAACCAAAUUACUGAAAAUUUGUCCCUGAAUGCAACUGCAGUUUAUGUUCACUCUGAAUAUAAUAAUCCAAACGAUUUAAACUUUGACCACGACAUUGCUUUGAUAAAACUUAAAGAUCCGAUCACAUUCCAAGCAGCAAUAAUGCCACUCUGUUUGCCAUCAGCGGAUGACACAUAUGACACGGGAAUGAUCGGGCUGGUAUCUGGCUUUGGCAUUACAGACAAAGGCAAUCACCAGCGUUAUCUAACAAAUAAGCUGAAGUAUGUACAUAUUCCAGUGGUGGGACAGGAAAGAUGCAGUAAUUCUUUGAGGGGAAAACCUACUAGCCAGACACCAAAACUGACAAACAACAUGUUCUGUGCUGGAACUCCUGAUGGCGGGAAGGACUCUUGCCAAGGUGACAGUGGAAGUGGCUUCACUCUGCAAUCUGAAAAUGGACGAUUCUGGGCUGCUGGGAUUGUCAGCUGGGGGAUCAAAUGUGGCCAGAAAGGAACAUAUGGAUUUUAUACCAAAGUGGCAAACUAUGUAGACUGGAUUAACAAGAUCAUGCAGGAAAAUUGAAAGCAUUCGGUUAUUGAAGCUUCAUUGAAGCAUUGAAGCACUAUAACAACUUAAGCUAUAUACACAGAGAAAAACGAAUCUAUGGUGAAAUAAAUUUAAGACAACUGAAAUCUGUGAACCAUAAAAAUUCAAGUUAUUAUCUUUACACAAAUUUACAUAGUAUUGAGGUAAGAAAUGUUUGUUCAAGAUACAAUUGUUUUCAGAAAAUAAAUUGCUUACGUACUAAGAGCCAAUCUUUUUAAUUCAUCACACAACAAAAACAAUCUUGUCAUCUUUACUGUGUUCAAAACACCAAAUACUGCUCAUAAGCCAUGAGACCAGCAGUGAUUUGAAGUACACUGACAAAAAGAUUCUGCUCUAUCUACUUAAAAAAAUGAAGUUAAAUUAAAUUAAUGUUCAGGAUAUUCCCAGAUGUUACUUCAUUUCUGCUGAAGCAAAUCUCUAAACCAAAGAGAAAGUUUUGAACAUUUGUACAACUGAUUUCUGUAUUGAAAAAUUAAACAUGCACUGAUGACGCCA